CUUAGGUUCUUAGGAAUAAAGCUUAGGGUUAUUACUUUUUAAGUAUUCUCGUGAAUGAAGUUAGAGUUACUAUUUCAAAAUAUAAUUGACAAUUUUGCUGCUUGUGGCAAUAAGGUAGCAGUUGCAGUAUCUGGCGGAAUAGAUAGCAUAGUUUUGCUGCAUUUAAUAAUUAAUUGGACGAGGAAAAAGAAUUUUUCACUUCCUACAGCAUUAAUUGUAGAUCAUAGGUUGCGUCCAGAAUCUCAGGAAGAGGCUAAUUUUGUUUCAAAUUAUGUAAAACAACUUGGGGUAGAGUCAUUUAUAUUAAAUUGGGAAAGGCAAAGUAUUGCAGGCAAUAUUCAAUCCCAAGCAAGAAAAGCACGGUAUAGAUUACUAACAGAAUGGUGCACAAACAAUAAUAUUGAAUAUCUAUUUGUUGCUCAUCAUAGAGAUGAUCAAGCGGAAACAUUUUUGCUGAGAUUAGAACGCGGUAGUGGCAUAGAUGGACUAUCAUCUAUGGACUACAAGUCUUUUUCUCACGGUAUUUGUAUACUAAGACCGUUAUUAGAUUUUAGCCGCAGUGAUAUUGAAAAGUAUGCAAAGUUUUAUCAACUAAAGUGGGUUGAAGAUAGAAGCAAUCAAAAUUUAAAAUAUAAACGCACUUUGUAUCGUAACUUACUUAAUGCAAGUGAUAACCAAGACAUUUUAACGCAACGAAUAUGUCUUUCUGCUCUUCACAUGAAAAGGGCUGUACAAGCGUUAAUGUACUAUACAAGACUUGCUUUUGAUAAUUGUGUUAAUAUACAUGAUCUUGGCUACAUUGAAAUCAAACCCAAUGAAUUUUAUAAAUUACCGGAGGAAAUAGUUCUCAGAGUUUUUCUUUAUUCCAUUAUGGCAAUUGGCAAUAGACGCUAUAAACCACGAUAUAAUAGUCUGACUUUCAUAUUUAAUAAAAUAUUGUACAAAGAUUGUGAUAUCGACCUCACUUUUUCUGGAUGUAAAAUAAAGAAAUACGGAGAAAACAUCUUAAUCAUCAGAGAAUCAUCAAAGAUAGAAGCAGUAUCUGUAAAUUUACCUGACAAUAAACCUAUACAAUGGGACAAUAGAUUCAGUUGUACAAUACUUGGAAGUCACAAAUGUCAAGUAACUAUUGCUCCAUUAAAGAAGACACAAAAAAUCCCUAAAUCUUUGAGGAAAUACAGCUGUUGUCCUGAGGUUUUAUAUUCUUUACCUGUAGUACAAAAGGAUGAAAAAAUACUGGCAUAUCCUUACAUGCAUCAUAACACUGAUAAUGUAGCAAAGUAUAUUAUUAGCUGCACAAUAAGAGAAAAUUUGAUUAACCAUUUAUUAACUUGA